CAAUCAGUCCCGUGUUGGUCCCGUGCCAAGUUCUUUAUAUCUUUCAUCAAAAUGAAAUUUUUAAUUUUCUUGACUUUGGCGGUGAUGGCAACCCAGGCGAAGAUCCUCAUGUCACCCAACAGCCUGUCUGCUGCCAUGGAGAGUAAUGAAAUUGACGAUGCGCCCUUGGCCCAGGCAGCCAUGCUGUCGGAGAAGCUAUACAUCCCGAUGUCGCGACUGAUGACGUGCAACAACAGCGGCUGCCAGGCCGUCUGCCACGCCCUCGGCUACAAGCACGGCCGGUGUGUCAGCGACACGACGUGCGAGUGCUACAACUAGCACGACAACGUUGG